UUCGGCCCGCAGGCUGCGGAGGAGGGGGUGCGCCACUCCUAAAAUGGCGGCCAGAGCAGGAGGAAGCGGAAGCUGGCUGGUUCGCGCGGGGCAGGCCGGGAAGGCGGUGCCGGCACGCGGCUGGAUCGGAGUCGGGACCGGGAUCAGGAGCGGGGCCCGAGCCCUUGGCUGACAGCACAUCCCAGCUCUCCCGAGGGGCUGCCCCACCACCACCAUGGGCAAGAAAAGCAAACUGGGCAAGAGCCGGCGGGACAAGUUCUACCACUUGGCCAAGGAGACGGGCUUCCGCUCCCGCUCCUCCUUCAAGCUGCUCCAGCUCAAUCGGAAAUUCCAGUUCCUGCAGAAGGCCCGGGCCCUGCUGGACCUGUGUGCGGCCCCCGGCGGGUGGCUUCAGGUGGCUUCCAAAUUCAUGCCAGUGUCCAGCCUGAUCAUCGGGGUGGAUUUGGUGCCCAUCAAGCCCAUUCCUAAUGUGGUGACACUGCAGGAGGACAUCACCACCGAGAAGUGCCGCCAGGCCCUGCGCAAGGAGCUGCAGACGUGGAAGGUGGAUGUGGUGCUGAACGAUGGAGCGCCCAACGUGGGAGCCAGCUGGGUGCACGACGCCUACUCACAGGCUAAUCUGACCCUCAUGGCGCUGAAGCUGGCCUGUGAGUUCCUGUGCAAGGGUGGCUGGUUCAUCACCAAGGUUUUCCGUUCCCGGGAUUACCAGCCCCUCCUGUGGAUCUUCCAGCAGUUCUUCCAGAAGGUCCAGGCCACCAAGCCCCAAGCCUCCCGCAAUGAGUCUGCCGAGAUCUUUGUGGUGUGCCAGGGUUAUCAAGCUCCAGACAAAAUUGACAGCAAGUUUUUUGACCCCAAAUACGCCUUCAAGGAUGUGGAGGUUCCUGCCAAGUCUGUCAGUGAGCUGGUCAGCAAAAAGAAGCCCAAGGCCGAGGGCUACGCUGAGGGUGACACCACCCUGUACCACCGCUUCACCCUCAUGGACUUCCUCAAGGCUCCCAACCCCGUGGACUUCCUCUCCAAGGCCAACGAAAUCACACUGGGGGAUGGGGAGCUGGAGAAUCACAGCUCCACCACAGAGGAGCUGCGCCAGUGCUGCAGGGACAUCCGGGUGCUGGGCCGCAAGGAGCUCAGGGCCCUGCUGAACUGGAGGACAAAGCUGCGGCGAUUCCUGGCCAAGAAACUGAAGGAGCAGGCAAAGGAGUUGGAUAUCAAUUUGAGCUCCGGUGAGGAGGAGGAGAGCAGGGAAGAGGAGAAGAAGGAGAAGAUGGAGGCAAAAGCUGCAGCUGCUGAGGAGGAGAAGGAGCAAGAGGAGGUGGAAUUGGCCUUGGCAGAGAUGAAGGCCGAGGAACUGGCGGAGCUGAAGAGAAAGAAGAAGAAGAUCCUGAAGGAGCAGCGGAAGCAGCGGGAGCGUGUGGAGCUGAAGAUGGACCUGCCGGGAGUGUCCAUCGCCGACGACGGUGACACCAGCAUGUUCUCCCUGCGGAGCAUCCACAGGACCCCGCUGCUGGACGAGCUGUCCCGGGGGGACAUGGCUUCGGCCGAUGCGCUGCUGGAGAUCAGCCCUGGGGACGAUGACAUUUAUGUGUCGGAUCACGACGACGAGGACGACGUGUCCCUGGCCAGCGACCUGGACCCGGAGGAGCUGCUGGAGAUCGAGGCCCGGCAGAGGAAGCUGGAGCGGGAGCAGCGGGGCAAGAGGCCGAAGUUUAAGCACAAGGAGGAGCAGGAGGAGGAAGGGCAGGAAGUGGAGAAUCCUCUGCUGGUGCCUCUGGAGGAGAAGUCAGUGCUGGAGGAGCGACAGACCAGCCUGUGGUUCGGGAAGGACGCCUUUGCUGGCAUCGAGGAUGAUGCAGAUGAAGAGCUGGAGCUGGGGCAGGCCCAGAUGUUGGCUGAGAGGCAGCGUGAGGCUCACAGAGAAAAAACAACAAAGAAAGAGCAGCAGAAGAAGAAGGUGGCCCAGGAGGAGACCCCUGCUGAGCCUGCACCUGCAGCAGCCACAGCUCCCGAGGCCAGUGAAGCUCAGGAGGAGGAGAGCAGUGAUGAUGACAGCAGCAGUGAAGAUGAGAGGCCACUGGAACCGAUGGGGAGGAAGAGGGGCCAUGUUGAGCCCUGUGGCUUUGAGGUGGUGCCCAUUGAGAACCCAGUGAAAAGAGUCCUGGAUGCAGAGGGCCUGGCCCUUGGCUCUGUCAUUGCCAGCUCCAAAAAGGCCCGGCGGAACCUCAUUGAUGACUCCUUCAACAGGUACUCCUACAACGAGGAGGAAGGGGAGCUGCCCGAGUGGUUCACGGAGGAGGAGCGGCAGCACCGGCGCCGGCAGCUGCCCGUGGACAAGCAGACGGUCGAGGCCUAUCGGCAGCGCUGGAAGGAGAUCAACGCCCGCCCCAUCAAGAAGGUGGCGGAGGCCAAGGCUCGAAAGAAGCGGAGGAUGCUGAAGAAGCUGGAACAGAUGAAGAAGAAGGCCGAGGCUGUGGUGAGCACCGUGGACAUCUCGGAGCGGGAGAAGGUGGCCCAGCUGCGCCGCAUCUACAAGAAGGCCGGGCUGGCCAAGGAGAAGCGCCAGGUCACCUACCUGGUGGCCAAGAAGGGCGUGGGACCCCGGGUGCGGCGUCCCCCCGGCGUCAAGGGCCAGUUCAAGGUGGUGGACAGCCGCCUCAAGAAGGAUGUGAGGGCUCAGAAGCGCAAGGAGCAGAAGAAAAAGCGCCACAAGUGAGGUGGGAGUGCCUCCAUCCCCAGCAAGGGACUCAGCUCGGGGCACAGGGCUGGCUCCUGUGCCCCACUGCCAUCUCAGGAGCCCUGGGGACAGGGCUGGGGCAUGGCCACACCUUGUUUAGUCUGUGCCUUGCUGUGACAGUGCCUCGUGCCCUCCCCUAGGGCACGGAGGGGUCAUUUGGCCCCAGCGCUCUGGCCCCUGGUCACAGCUCCAGGUGUCACCAGGCUGGCUCUGGGGGGUGACUCCCCCUGGGGAGAUCACAGGAGCAUCCACACCAGCGCCAGCUGUCCCCAGGGAGGGUGUGGCUCUGGGGGACAUCCCUGGGCCAGAGUUAUCACUGAGGUGGCAGAACAGUGGUCCCUCUGCCCAGAGCGGCUGCUCAGCGACAGCAGAGUUUAACCCCAGUCUGAGGCUGCCCAGGGCUGUGUUAUGCACCUGGGUGAGGUGAGGGACCUGUGCUGGCACUGCCAUGUCCCCUUGUGCCAUGUGACAGGCAGAGAGGGCACUGUUGGUGUGUUCUGUACACCUGCUCGUGCCUCGGGAGCCCACCCGGCUUUGUCUGACAGGCAUUGACUCUCGUGACCGUAACCUCCUGCCCCAGGACACAGCUGCUGUCCUGUCCCCUCUGUCCCCACCCUCUUCUGGGAUGGGAGUCUCAAGGAAAAGAAAAACCAAGAGGAAAGAAGUGCUUUAUUGAAUGGCUUUAUUUAGACCCAGGGCAGGGGCUGGGGUCCACCAGGCCCAGCUUCUCUCCAAGAGGCACCUGACUGGUUUGUGCUGGGAUUGCAGAGUGUCCCCAAGCCUCCCGUGGUGACACUGGCUGGCGCUGUGUCAGUGCUGGGGAGGGGUCUGGGGAGGCACUGUGGAUCCCAGGGAGGGUGAGGGGUGGUGAGAACCUGCCAGGGAAGCUCUGGCAGGAGGGAGGAGCUCUGAGUCCCCUUCAAGUGCUGUGGGGAGGGGAGAGGCCAGAGCUGGCACCCCAGAGCCCCGUGCAGGGGUGGCAGGAGGUGGUCUGGGGCUGUCCUUGCUAAGUUCCCACUGUGGCUGCCCCAGUCCAUCGUGUGGCAGGGCUGCAGAAGCCGUGUGUGUCCUUGGGCCUGCAGGAGCCCCUCGGCUGCAGAUCCUGGGAGGGGGUCUGUGGCUCCAUCCACAGGGGCCCUGCUGGGGGCCAGUGGUGCUGGGAGGGUCUCUGGGCCACCUCCUGCCCCCAUGAAGGGUCAGGACCAUGGCCAGGGUGGGAGCAGAGACCCUCAGCUAUCCCUGUCCUUGGCGGCCGCAGGAGCUGGGGCAGGGAUGUGCUGCCAGGCUCCAGGCUGAGUUAGGCAUUUUCCUUCUCUUCAAAAUAAAAUAUGGGGCUGCUGUGAGAGGAGAGGCCCAACAA